AUGAAGCCUGAGGUUGGAGCUUUGGGAGAAUCUACAGCAUCUACCACUGACUUACGUUGGUGGCGACGUGAAUAUGCGAAGUCUGUGCAGAAUACGAAGCGUCUAAACGGUGUAAAGCCCGACGCAGGCCUUCUGUUUGACCUUUUGAUGGCUCCUGACGAUGAAAAGUUCAAGGAAAAACCAGCUGGUAUUUCCUCUAUGCUGUUCUAUCACGCCGCCAUUAUUAUCCAUGACAUCUUCCGGACGAACAGAACAGAAAUGAAAAAGUCUGGUGCUUCGUCUUACCUUGAUCUUGCAUCUCUUUACGGUGAGGGUGUCCCGCAUGGUGUCGGCAACCAGGCCCUACUCAGAUUAGAGCACAGUAUUCCCAAAGACCCAAGCGUGCACAUAAAGCCGGCUCUGAAUGCCGGUAGUAGUAUCUGCCCAACCUACACAGUAGGCAGAGCAGUCCUAUCUGACGCUGUCAUUAUUAUCCGGUCUGAUAGGUUCAACACCAUAGACUUCACUAUCUACAACCUGACGAGCUGGGGAUACAAUGAAAUACAGCAAGACUACAUGACAAUGGUUGGGUCGAUGCUAUACAAGCUCAUCCAGCGAGGCCUCCCAGGGUGGUUCCCAUUCAACUCCAUCACGGUGAUGCAGCCCAUGUACACAAAGCAGGCAAACGAGAAGACCGCCAAAGAGCUUGGCACCUUUGACCAGUUCACUACGGAUGAUCCAACGCCGCCUCGAAAGUUGGUCGUUCUCAAAUCAUCCGCUGCGAUCAAGCAGGUAUCGGAAAACACGAAGCAGUUUCCUGUGCCGUGGCUCCCUGCUAUGAACUCCAUCUUUCCUGGAAAGAAAGACUACAACUGGUACAUGCUUUCCGGUACCGAUGCGAAGAACCACGAAAACCGCGUCAGCAUCACAAAAGCGUUGAGCAAGGCCACGAACUUGCACGAGGCCAUUCACGACUGCAUUGAGUGUGUUGGUAAACAGUUGAUUGAGAAGGAAUUCUUCAAGCUCAAGGAGGAGCGUCAUCAGUUGUACAUUAUUCGGGAUAUCGCCAUCCCUCUGAACGCCCAGAUGCUCACCGAUCUCUUCUACCUUGGCUUGCGCACCGACGAGAACCCCGAAGGCACUCUUGGUACAGCUGAGCUGUACAAGCAUCUUCUCAACACCAGGAUCUGCAAGCUGGUCACCGAAGUGAAGCUUGGCCGUGGACUUGGAUUGGGCGUUAUUCUGGCUCUUAGCAAUACAGUGACACGAAAGGCCUAUAUCAAGAAAGGCUCACCACGUGCUGUCGGUCUGUUGCUCGUUGGGGAACUGUUGAACCAGGGCAAUCCAGUGUACCGCGUAGUCGACACUCUAUGGUUAACAGUAUUCGGCGGCGUUGGCGUGCCAGUAACAGCGUUCUACGAAGUCCUGGCAUUCUUCUUGAAUCCCGAGAAUAUAUCCAUCUGGUCCAGACUAUCGCCCAAAAGAGUGAAGAUGCAACUCUCCAUGUAUAUGUUGCAGAAGGGUAGCGUCUCACGACUACUCAGCAUGCCAUGCGUAUUGCGGCGCAAGCAACUGAGCAUGAAGGCCAGAAGGUCGAGCCAGAGGCAGGACAAAAUCCAGAGGAGGUCCAAAACGCUGAACAAGUUCGACCCUUACCGUAACACAGAAUAUGUUCCGGCGUUCGGCUACGGCAUGCACGAGUGUUUCGGCAGAGAAAUAGCCCUCGCCUUCGUCGCCGGGCUGGUGAAACUUGCGGCUGAUGUCAAGCAACUCCGCCCAGCACCUGGCCAGAAGACAAUCUGA